AUGGUGGGCAACACUGCGGCGCAAUCCAUCUUUGGCAGCUACGUCUCCCGACGCUUCAUGAGCGGCUGCGCGGUGCUGCUGCCCAUCGUGCUGACAGUGUACGUGAUGUGGUGGUUCCUCGAAUUCUUUGACGGCUUCUUCUCCCCGCUCUACGACGCCCUGUUUGGCUUCCACGUCUUUGGGCUGGGCUUCCUCACAACCAUGAUCUUUGUGUUUGGCGUGGGAGUCUUCACGUCCACCUGGGUGGGCAGCGUGACGAUGGGGAUGGGAGAGUACAUCAUCAAGCGCGUGCCGCUGGUCAAGCACAUCUACUCAGCGGCCAAGCAGGCGCGGUGGGGGCUGGCUGGCUGGCUGGUCAGCGCGGCGGUGUCCCCCGACAACGAGCAGGCCAACAGCUUCCGGGAGUGCGUCAUCAUCCGGCACCCGCGCCGGGACGGCGAGUUUGCCUUUGCCUUCAUCACGGGGCAGACGCUGCUGCAGACGCUGGAGGGGGAGGAGGUGCUGUACUGCUGCUACGUUCCCACCAACCACGUGUAUGUGGGCGACAUCUUCCUGCUGUCAGACAAAGACAUCAUACGCAACACCCUGUCGGUGCGAGAAGGGCUGGAGAUAGUGGUCAGCGUGGGCAUGGCAGUGCCCAACAAAAUCAUCGCGAUGCCGCCCUCGCUGGCCAAGAGAUGA